CUGAGGUUAGAGCUGUCAUGGUCUUUCUUCUAAAAGAGGAAACCUAGGCUUGCUGGGGCUCAGUGGCCCUUCUGUGGCUGCACAGCUUUCGGGGUGGAGCCAGGACUGACUGACUCCAAACAAAAGUGCUCCCGACCCAGCUCUUUAACUCACACGGCCUCUUCCAAACAUUCCUGAAUCUUCCCAGUCGGCUUGCAGACACUCCUUGCUCCCAGGAGAUAAUCGGGUAAAGGAGUAUGGAAGUUUGGGUACAAACUCAUUGCUGCAAAUUGAAAACCACACAAAGGCUGUCUUCCUCUGGGGAGCUACGAUGCCUCCCUCUUUCUCACCACUUUACCAUUGGUUGGACUUUGAUUUCAGGGAUCCUACGAUUGCUCAAUACCCUACAGGAUAUACAUGGUUAACCAUUUGCAUUUGGGCAAAUAGGCGUUACUUUUCAAUAGGAAGUGGCGAUCCAGAACUUGCGUUUGGGCAAUUCUAGUAGCUCACAGCUUUUUUCUUAAUGACCGCUAGAAGCUGCAUCUUGUUGACAGAUGGUCAUCACAUUGGGGACCUGGAGUCAUCAGAUUGUGGGGCUCGGAGUGAGGCUGAAGGGAGUGGAUCAGAGUACUGCCUGAGAGUCACUUCCACUUUCCUGCUACCACUGCCUGUGAGCUGAAGGGGCUGAACCAUACCCUCCUCUUUCUACAUCCAGCCUGCAUUUUUUUGCCCACAAUGAGCGGGGAAUCAAUGAAUUUCAGCGAUGUUUUCGACUCCAGUGAAGAUUAUUUUGUGUCAGUCAAUACUUCCUAUUACACAGUUGAUUCUGAAAUGUUAGUGUGCACCUUGCACGAGGUCAGGCAGUUCUCCAGGCUGUUUGUACCGAUCGCCUACUCCUUGAUCUGUGUCUUUGGCCUCCUGGGGAAUAUUCUGGUGGUGAUCACUUUUGCUUUUUAUAAGAAGGCCAGGUCUAUGACAGACGUCUAUCUCUUGAACAUGGCCAUUGCAGACAUCCUCUUUGUUCUUACUCUCCCAUUCUGGGCAGUGAGUCACGCCACCGGUGCAUGGGUUUUCAGCAAUGCCAUGUGCAAGUUGAUGAAAGGCAUCUAUGCCAUCAACUUUAACUGCGGGAUGCUGCUCCUGACUUGCAUUAGCAUGGACCGGUACAUCGCCAUCGUACAGGCAACGAAGUCGUUCCGGCUUCGAUACAGAACACUGCUGCGCAGCAAAGUCAUCUGCCUUAUUGUGUGGGGAGUGUCAGUCAUCAUCUCCAGCUCAACUUUUAUCUUCAACCAGAAAUACAACACCCAAGGCAGCGAUGUCUGCGAGCCCAAGUACCAGACCGUCUCGGAGCCCAUCAAGUGGAAGCUGCUGAUGUUGGGGCUUGAGCUACUCUUCGGUUUCUUUAUCCCUUUGAUGUUCAUGAUAUUUUGUUACAUGUUCAUUGUCAAAACCUUGGUGCAAGCUCAGAAUUCUAAAAGGCACAAAGCCAUCCGUGUAAUCAUAGCCGUGGUGCUUGUGUUUCUGGCUUGUCAGAUUCCUCAUAACAUGGUCCUGCUCGUGACGGCUGCAAAUUUGGGUAAUAUGAACCGAUCCUGCCAGAAUGAAAAGCUACUUGGCUAUACGAAAACUGUCACAGAAGUCCUAGCUUUCCUGCACUGCUGCCUGAACCCCGUGCUCUAUGCUUUUAUUGGGCAGAAGUUCAGAAACUACUUUCUGAAGAUCAUGAAGGACCUGUGGUGUGUGAGAAGGAAGUACAAGUCCUCGGGCUUCUCCUGUGCCGGGAGGUACUCAGAAAACAUUUCCCGGCAGACCAGUGAGACCGCAGAUAACGAAAAUGCGUCGUCCUUCACUAUGUGAUGGGAAGCUGAGUCUCUCUAAGGCAUGUGUGAAACAUACUCAUAGAUGUUCUGCAAAAAAAAAGUCUAUGGCCAAAUAUGCAUGGAAAAUGUGGGAAUUAAGCAAAAUCAAGCAAGCGUCUCUCCUGCGAAACUUAACGUGCUCAUGGGCUGUGUGAUCUCUUCAGGGUGGGGUGGUCUCUGAUAGGCAGCAUCUUCUGGCACACUUUACAAGGAAUGUUUUGUAGCUCUGGGGUAUAUAUCUGCCCGGCGUUUCACAAAACGGCCUUUGGGAAAUGCUGAAUUAAAGUGAAUUGUUGACAAAUGUAAA